CAAUAACUCCUAAAGCAAUCUGUGAUCACUGAAAUUUUGCAAGAAAAUCCAAAGGAAAGAAGCACCGUUUAAAAAAUCCGAUGAUCUAGUGGCAGAAAAAGAGUUUUAUUCAUUAAGAUACAUAAUGAAAUUGGGCUAUGCAUGGAUUCUGUGGUUGGCUUUGGAAAUUGCUGUCCUUGUAAACGCAGACUUGUCUUCAGACUCGUCCAAAAGAGAUGAUUUACUGGGUCUUGAUUUAGGACUGGGAGGUGAUCUCUUUCAUUCAAACUUCGGAAGUGAUCUUCUGAAGGAAAACGUAAAACAAGAUGACGCACAUUUGAGAGCGGCGUUUCCUGUAAUGGAUGCCUUCAAGGAACACACGCUACUGUCGGCUGAUGAUCUGAAAGAAAAAGUCGAGAAUAGUUACUCAGAUAAAGAUGGAAUCCGUGAGGCGGUUGACGAAGCUUUGAUGAAGCUUCAUAAGAAGAAAGAAGAAGCGGCGGCUGAUGCCAAAGUUUCGCAUGUGCCACACAAAACUCAUGUUGUAACAGCUAAAGAACUAAUAGACGAGGUGGUGAAGCAGGAGAUCGCAAACCAUAUAGACCCCAGCACUGCCACCUCUGACGUUACGAAAGAUGUUGUUGAUAACGACGAGUUGAAAGGAAAACUGCAUCAAAAGCUGGAAGAAAUCACAAGGAUUGAGACGAAGUUGUUUUCUCUGAUUCGUGAUGUGAAAGGGUUUUUGUUGACAAAAAAGUCUGAAGAGGGGGCUGGCAGAGAUGACAUCGAUAACGUUUCGUUUGACACUUUAGUUUCAAAACGUAGCGAAAUUCCAUUCAACAUCAAUCGAUUCCGUGAUAACACAAGUUUGGUGGAGGACUUUAUCCGUGAUGCUCUGAAAGACGACUUCACCAUUAAUCACAGUGUUCUCGGUGAUAUAGAGAAUGAAUCAGGGGACAACAGCGACGCUAAACAAGGGGAUGCCAGAGAUUUGCUGGGGAAAGAAGAAACAGAAAAGGCGUUGCUUAAAGAGGCAAUCCCUGGGGAGAUCGAAGACAUCCCUAUGUCGAGUUUAGAGCGGGAAAUUGACGAAAACGACUCGGUUGCUAGUGAUCAUGGGAUUACUCGUGACGCUCUUGUGGAAUCUCCGCUGUCAGAUUUGGAUUAUAAGAAAGUUACUGGCAAGAGAUCCCGGCAUUUUGUUUCGUAGAGAUGGCAACGACUGCAACAACAUCUUCGCCACAAUCUGUCACUUACACUAAAGAGAAUUUACUAUAUGCGUAUCCCUUGGUAGGUUGUGUAAGACUUCCGAUCUCAACGGGUCAGUGAUGGCGGGAUUUGAAGAGUCGCUUCAGAAGUUGUAUCUGUACCUUAAGUAGGUUCAUUACCUGAUUACCACACUAAACAGGGUAAAAAGGGAAAAGAAUUUAAAAGGCGUUGCACUUUGUUGAAAGAGAACAGAUUGGCCUCGAGACUUCAUGCCCACUUAGUUAACAAUUGUGUUUGAAAGGGGCUCAACCUUCCGAAGAGAAACGUUGUAACAAUUUUUGUAGUGUUAUUGCUAAAUUAAUAAUGCAAGGCUAAACAAGGUGGUGUGUGUGUAAGUGUGUGAGUGUUGGGGAAGAGGAUGGGAGGGGAGGGAGGAGAGUCUGACCUGGAAGGUCUUACUUUGAAAAUGUAA